CGGCGGGCGGUGCGGGGGCGGGGCUGUGGCGCUGGAGCGGCUCGUUGUGCGCUGCGGACCGAUCGCCUCCCGCUGCCCGGGCCCGGCCGCCGCCGCCGCAGAUAUAUUGUAAAAUGUCCAAUGGUUAUGAAGAUCACAUGGCUGAAGAUUGCAGGGAUGAUAUUGGUAGGACAAAUUUAAUUGUGAACUACCUCCCUCAGAACAUGACACAGGAUGAAUUAAGGAGUCUGUUCAGCAGCAUCGGCGAAGUGGAAUCUGCAAAACUUAUUCGGGACAAAGUUGCAGGACACAGCUUAGGCUACGGCUUUGUGAACUACGUAACUGCAAAAGAUGCUGAAAGAGCAAUAAACACACUGAAUGGCCUCAGACUUCAGUCAAAAACAAUCAAGGUUUCCUAUGCCCGCCCAAGUUCUGAAGUUAUCAAAGAUGCUAAUUUAUAUAUCAGUGGUCUGCCCCGGUCAAUGACACAGAAGGAUGUAGAAGAUAUGUUUUCCCGUUUUGGGCGCAUCAUCAACUCACGUGUGCUUGUGGAUCAAACCACAGGUUUGUCCAGAGGGGUCGCAUUUAUCCGGUUUGACAAAAGGUCAGAAGCAGAAGAGGCAAUUACAAAUUUCAAUGGUCACAAACCCCCAGGUUCCUCCGAGCCCAUUACAGUGAAGUUUGCAGCCAACCCUAACCAGAACAAAAAUGUGGCCCUGUUGUCGCAGCUGUGUCAUUCACCAGCUAGACGGUUUGGAGGGCCAGUGCAUCACCAGGCGCAGAGAUUCAGGUUCUCUCCUAUGGGUGUAGAUCACAUGAGUGGGCUUUCUGGUGUAAAUGUUCCAGGAAACGCAUCUUCUGGCUGGUGUAUCUUCAUCUACAACCUUGGUCAAGAUGCUGAUGAGGGAAUCCUCUGGCAGAUGUUUGGCCCCUUUGGUGCGGUUACCAAUGUGAAAGUUAUUCGAGAUUUCAACACCAACAAGUGCAAAGGUUUUGGUUUUGUGACCAUGACAAACUAUGAAGAAGCUGCAAUGGCCAUAGCAAGUCUUAAUGGCUACCGCCUGGGGGACAAAAUCUUACAGGUUUCCUUCAAAACCAACAAGUCCCACAAAUAACUUGCUCGUGCUUUUUGUAUGGAAUAGAUAAUGGAGUGACAGAAGUUGAAACAUUUUUGUUAGUGUAAAACUCAUUUUGCGCCAAUUUUCACAAGUGUUUGUCUUAGUCUAAAUGAGAAGUGAAAAGGUUUUAUAUUCUGGGAUGCAACUGACAUGUUCAAAUGUUUGAAAUCCCACAAUGUUAGACCAAUUUUAAGUUCCUUUAAGUUAUUUCAUUUAAAACAUGUUAAAAAUCCCCUGAAAUCUUAAGUAGAAUGCAUUAACUAGACCCUCUGGAUGGUGGUAAAAUUGAAGCAUGCUUUCACUUAUGAGACUAACAUUUGUUUCAUUGAAUGUUGUCUGCAAAAACUGGAAUUUUCUGAAAAAUAUCAGACUGAAUUAACUGAUUUUCUUUGGUUUGAUGUUCUUCUUCCUACCCAUCCCCCUAGCCUUUUGUUCCCCCCCCCCCGUUUCAGUAGUAUGGAAGAAAAGUUGAGAAAUACUAAUGUUUUAGUUGACAGUAACUUGUUUGAUCAAUUAAUAUUCAUUACUCUGUCUAGUUGAGGAUCAAGCUUUUUAAAGUGAAGGUCUUGUAAGUAGUAGCAUGCCAGCCUAACUUUAACACCAUUGAGGAGGUAAGUUGCACACUGAGCAGUGGCCAAGCUGUCCAAUUCACAGGUUUUAGAAACGUGACUUUUAAAGCCCACUUUGAGAGGAAUGGACCAAAGAGUUUCAAAGAAACUCCGGGAAGAUUUCAGAGUCAAAAUGAAACUCCAAAAAAGCGAGUGUGAAUAUAUGUUGCUACUUUAUCAGGCUGAAUCUCUUCUGUCCAAAUAUUUAAUGCAUGGUGCACUACUUACUGGUACAUUAUAAUGCAGCAAGAUACUUACUCAUUUUCCAAGAUCAUUGUAGUUGGACUUCCUUUGGCAGUUCUAUUUUGUAAAGAAAAACCAGUUAUAAACAUUUGAGCAUUGUAUUUCUCGCAUCCCUUCUAAUGAGUGCUAGUUUUUCUAUUUUAAUAGGAUUUUGUUUUGACAACUAGCUUUACUUAUUGAACACUCAGCAGAAAAGUACUUACAACUUGCAAGUUAGAUAUUAACCAAAAAACCCCUUUGAUUUGUAGAUUUAAAGAUUAAUCCCCCAGGUUUUCUGCAGACUGCCUUGAAACUUUGAGUUGUUCUGUUUCUGUUAAUUUUCUUUUGCUUUUUUGUGUUUUUUGUUUGUUUUUACUUUUGCAUUUAAGAACAUUAAAUUUGAUUUUGUUUUGCUCAAA